UAGAGCAACCGUAACACGUCACAAUUAUUCAAGAUGGCGGCGCCCGCGAAAUUUGAAAGUGAAAAUAAGCGAUUUUAAAAUUCACUUUUCCUGAUAUAAACACUUUUUUUAAGGACAAAUUUCGAACAAAUUUGUUUAUCAACAUAAUUUUAUUCGAUUUAAACUUAUUUUGUAGUAAGAGUGGAGGUUCCCUUUAAGACAUCUUAAGGAUAAUGAGUUGGAGUCUUUCCUUCUACUCCCCGUCCUUUAUCUUUAUGUGAGAUUUACCUGUUAUAAUGGCCAGGUACUAGUGUCCGUCGGCCUAUGUGAUUAUUGCCUUUAGGGAAUUUGCGGCACAACGAACAGAACCGCAGCCACCGAGACUUUGAAAUCUAAAAAGAAACAAACAAACAAACAAACAAAGCCAAAUUUUUUUUGGUCAACGUCAACGUCAAGUGGGAAGCAGCAGUUUAAUUCGUUGCACUGUAAUUUUUCUGAUUAUUAUUCAUUCAAAAUAAAAUAUUCAGUUCCCCGUACUGAUUGGCUUAAAUCCUACGGCCAAUUCUUCAUUAACAACCGGCAUUCAUGGCUAUCCGGAGAUAAAAUAGCUGAAUUUCUGACUCAAACUGAACGGAAGAGAUGAAAGAAUGUGCAAAAUAUAUUGAGGAUGGAUGUUAUCUACUUUUUGAGGAGUAUGUGCAAGAAAAAAACAUCUGUUUAUACCCUGAAACCUUGCCGAGGAAUAGGCCAUAAGAACUGAGUAUGAUGUAAGGGAUUAUGCACCUCUCGGAGGCUGUUAUCCACCUCAGCCGAUAACGUUCUUCUCGAUCUGCAUAAUUCUCUACAUCAUACUCAGCCUCAUUCAAUAAAUAUGAUCGGGCGUUAUUUUGUAUUACAUUUGACUGUGUUUACGUGAUCCUAUGCGCUUUCGUUUGUUCUUUUCAGGAGUUACCAAAAUACUUACGAGGUUAUCAUAAAUGUACCAAAGAAGAGGCAAGUCAGUUAGCGGCUCUCAUUUACAGAGUGCGCUUUGGCGAAGAUAAGAAAGAAUUUCCCAGCAUACCGUGAGAAUUUCUUUUUAAGUUACACUUCUUCCUUUAUUGUAUUUUUUAGUGUUUUUUGUUGGUUUUUUUUCUGCUUGUGUUUUUUUGGGGGUCAUUUCGUCGCUUGUGGACCCUCCUUUAAAAAAGUAAAAUUCCUUUAUUAUCUUUUUCAAACCCGUUUUAUUGACAGAAAAAUGUUACGUGACUUGAUUCCACCUGACCUGAGUAAAGAACAGUCUUCAGAUGACUGGAAGAGAGUGAGUUGUUAAUACAAACACAUGCAUUUCAUCGAAGAGUGUCAGUGUCCAUCGAUUGAUUAUUCUCUUUUUUUUUUUUCAAUCAGGCCAUAGUCGCAGCUUUUAAUAAACACGCAGGCAAAUCAAAGAACGAUGCAAAGAUUUCUUUCUUAAGAAUGAUUUACAGGUGGCCGACAUUUGGGUCUGCCUUCUUCGAAGUCAAGGUACAGAGUACUUUUUUCUGUAAAUUGAUGGUCGUUUAGGGACUGGUCAAAAAGUAUAGGUGGGGGUGGGCCGGAGCAGAGAGGGGGUGGGUCAUGAGGUUUUGAGCCUUGUGCAAGGGGUGGGUCGGGCAAUUUUCAGCUACCCUUAGGGGGUGGGUCACCCUAUUUUAUUACAUAGAUAGGCACUAACUACUAACGAGACAGUCGACUACACUUGUUAUGAAAAACACAGCCAGUUUAUUGCUACAUUUUUGCUAAAAUACUCACAAACUUGUUGAGCGAGAAAAUACAAAGGGUGACAGGCUGCACAUCUAUACGGACGUGGGACCCUCUGUUAACCUUUUUUUUUUUUUUUUGGCUCUAACGAGCAUAUGUCCUUUAAUGAUUUUCCUUUUUUGUAAGGGAAUGAUUGGUGGUUCUUUAAAAAUUUAUUGAAGUUAUAGUUGGUUUUGUAUAUGAUUCCAUAUUUUCAUUCAAGCUUCCUUUAUAGUAGACACUGAGGGCUGGUAUUUUGUCAGGAAUGGCAAUAUUUCUUUUUCCUCCUUGUUGUUUUGUCUUAGGAGUUUAGACUCCGUUUUGUGAAUUUUAUUUCUGACAGAAGGUUUUCUAUCAAAGAUUGUGGGUAGCCUCCGUCCAUCAAGCGUUUUUUUUUUUUAAAUUUGAAUUAUUUUCCUCAAAGGUUGUUUUCGAGGAGUUUUUUCGUAGGAUUCUCAAGGCUUCUCCUUUGACAAAUCCUUUUUUAACAUUUGGAGGGUGACACAAGGUGAAAUGUGUGUGCAAGAAGCUUUCCGUGUGUGUAAAAUGUGUCUUUGCAUCAAGGAUAGAUUUUUCCUUGAAUCUUGCGCAUUUGUAUACAACCGUGUCUAAAAACGCAGUCUCAGUGUCAAAUGUUUCGGCCGUGAAUUCAAUAGUUGGGUGAUGUAAGUUUGCUUGUUCUAGGAAGGCUUUGAUGUCUGGUUUACUCAUGUCCCAUAGGGAAAAGAUAUUGUGUAUGUAACAUUUCGAGACUGUUGUUCUAAAGACAGUUUUGCUUAGAGUUGUUGUUUCAAUAUAUGUCAUGAAAAUAUUGGCAAAGGAAUCAAAACUGCUGUCUUUGUGCCCAUUGCAGUUCCAUGGUUUUGUAGGUAGUGCUUUCCAUUGAAGUGGAAGAACUUUUCUUUGAGGAUUAAUCUAAGCAUUUCCGGCAAGUAAUGUGUAGGAAUGGGUUGUCUUUGUAGAAAUUUUCAUAUGCUUUGUGACAGACAAUUUCAAUAUACCCUCGUUUUGCUGUAUAUUUGUGUCAAGACUCAUAACGUUCAUCGAAACAAGAAAUGUUCGGUUUUUCACUUUUUCACAUUUGACUUUUCAGUGAAAGGUAUGAUUUCUGUGAUUUUGAUAUUGGUUGCAGCAGUGUAUCAACAAAUUUUGUCAAACACAGAACAAGGUUUUAUUGGAUUAUUAAGAGGAAACCAAACAUCCAUGUUGUAACUAGGGGGUGGGUCAUGUAAUUUGCAACCUUGCGUUAGUGGUGGGUCAGUCAUUUUUGUGCCGAAGGGAGGGGGUGGGCCAUGUGUUUUUUAUCAACCAUAUUUCCAAAUGCUCCGGCCCACACCCCCCCAUACUUUUUGACCAGUCCCUUAAACUAAAGCUUACAUACUGGUGUAUUUUUACUCUGUUUGUGGACUUGUAUGUAUCGCUUUGUCUUUUAGCAAAGUACAGAUCCAAACUUCCCGGAGAGUCUUUUGAUAGCUAUUAACAAGAGUGGUGUCAACCUAAUUAACCCAGGAAGCAAGGUAAGGCAUUCUUUAAAGCGUUUUUUUUACGGGGUGUACCCCCGAAAAAUUCAGUUAAAGUUGAGUACCAUGCCCUAUUUCAGACCAGGGGCCGGCCGUUUCUCGCCGGAGUCUCCCGGUAACUACCAGGCCCGUUAGGCUGUUUGUUGUGUUCGAGGCAUUUAAAGUAGGAGUUUUGAAAAUGAAAAAAUAAAAUCAUCAGAUAAAGAAACAUAAUGGAUGAGUUCAAUGGCGAGAACCCGUAAAUUCAUUCAAGUAAUAUAGCAGGAUUUUCGAGAAACGGGCUCCUGAGUGGGACUGAGAUAAUUCAGAUGUGAAUGAUUAUAAUGCAAAUUCUUGUCAACUCUUUUAGCUUACAAUCUGGUAUUAACAUGUUCUAAAACAACCAGUUAAACUUAUAGAGGAAAUGCUUUUGAACAAAAAUCUCAGGAACCCGGAUGAAAAUUAAACCCUGGGUUAGCCAAAUCAGCCUUCGAUUAAGUGGACCCCCUGUUCUCGAAAGAUACAACACCAUUCCCAAUAGGCCACUUUGGAGUUGCCUUUCGUCCUUCCUUGAUAGAGGCUAUUAAGUGCGAAGACUUUGAUCAGUAUCACAUGAAGGGCGUUGCCUCCGUAAAGUGAUGGUUGGAACUGGGAAAUGGCCUAAACAGGCCAUUGGAGAGCUUAAACCGUCCUGCCCUCUUUGUAAGUCCCAAGCGGUGAAGGUCCAUACACAAAUCAGUCCAUAAGGGAUACUAUACCAUAAACCAUGGUCACUCAAUCGACGACGCUUUGGUUCGAGGAAUGAUGUAGAUAACGCGCAACGGAAGCGCCUGGAAAUGCGACUGAUAUUUCAACUUGGCACCAGUUAGCCGCGCGGUUUAAACUCCGACUUCCGUUUCCUCUAGGCCGCGCGCAGAGCCGCGCGUGCACUACAAAGCCUUUAAUUUUUAUUUCUAAUUUAUGGAGUAUAUAAACCUUGCAACGGUUUCAACGAACUGGUAAUUCCUCUGAUGAAGGGCCUGCAGGCCCGAAAUGUUUGGAAAGAAUAACUGCAACCUAAACACGGCACUUUUGUUCAUGAUUUCUUUAUUUGUAAUGAACAUUUUUGUUCCUUCGUCAUUUGUUGUUUACCAUAUACCAUGUAAUGUAUCAUGCUAUUUUCGCCGAACAUACAUACUCCUCCUCCCUACCUUCCCUUUUUGUUUUGGGUGAAUACAUUGUUGAAACGGUUUUGCUUGUUUGUGAAAACUGAUUUGUCAAACGCAUUAAACGCGGAAGAGUAUCAUUUCUGUAGUUUUUCUGUUAUCAUCGAUUUUGUUACUUAGUAACCUUGACGUAAGUAUACUUUUGUUUAUGCAGGAUAUACUGGCCACAUAUCCCUUCACUAAAAUCUCUAACUGGAGCAGCGGAAACACGUACUUCCACAUGACUAUUGGCAGCUUAGUAAAAGGCAGCCGGCUUCUGUGUGAAACGUCACUGGUAAGAUUUAAUAUUCUGUUGUACUUAAUACGUUCCUGGUGGUGAGGAAAUUGCAGUUUCAUUGUUUGCAUAGGUCAUUGGAAUAUAUCUUAGUUUAAAAAAAAAAUGCUCAAAGGAAUUGUAUGAUGCAGCCUUGUUUCCAGGCUUCUGUAGUAAAGUGGCCAGUUAUACAUAACCUCCAAGGUACUUACAUGUAGCUGUGUCAGUUGCACUUCAGUAGGUGUAUUAUUUAUAUAUGUAUAUUUCUAUCGACUACUUGCUAUUAACACAUCUAGAGAGAUGGCUUGCUGUUUUCACAAAAUUCCCACGGAAUUACAGACGCUCCUAGACUGUCCAGUCAACCCUGCAAUAAGACUUACUUCCUCUUUUUUGUCCAACUUUCCCGCUCCCCACUGAAAGAUCGCCUGAUUUACAGGGUAAAGAUAGGUGGGUUAAUAUUGCUGUGCUUUUUUCCCACCGUACCUGUUAAAACCAACCCGUCUUUGUAAAAUAUUUCAUUUUUGUAUGAUCACCUACGAUCCACUUUCGUGGACGAAGAAUUUAAUUUAGAGUGUGGUUUCCUUGCCCUUUUAAUUUUUGCGUCACCGUCUUCUUUCAGGGGUACAAAAUGGACGACUUGCUGACGUCAUAUAUCUCCCUUAUGCUGACUACAAUGAAUAAACAAAAGAAACCUGCCACGCUUAGAGCUGUGAAGAAAUGA